AUGGCAGCCAUGAACUCUUCUGUGCCAGAGUUUCUCCUCGCAGGCUUAACGGACUUGCCCGGACUGCAGAUGCCCCUCUUCUUCCUGUUUCUGGGCAUUUAUCUCAUCACCGUUGUGGGAAACCUGGGCUUGAUAACCCUGAUUGGGCUGAAUUCUCACCUGCACACUCCCAUGUACUUUUUCCUCUUUAACCUCUCCUUAAUAGAUUUCUGUUACUCCACCACCAUCACCCCCAAAAUGUUUGUGAGUUUUGUCUCAAAGAAGAAUAUCAUAUUGUAUGCAGGGUGCAUGACUCAACUCUUUUUCUUCUGUUUCUUUGUCAUCUCUGAGUCCUUUGUCUUGUCAGCAAUGGCAUAUGACCGCUAUGUCGCCAUCUGUAAACCAUUGUUGUACACAGUCACCAUGUCUCCUCAGGUGUGUCUAUUCCUUUUGUUAGGUGUUUAUGUGAUGGGGUUUUCUGGUGCUAUGACCCAUACGGGAAGUAUAGCAAGUCUGACUUUUUGUGCUGACAAUCUCGUCAAUCAUUUCAUGUGUGACAUCUUUCCUCUCCUUGAGAUCUCCUGCAAUAGCACUUAUGUGAAUGAGCUGGUGGUCUUUAUUUUUGUGGCCAUUGACAUCGGAGUGCCUAUUGUCACCAUCUUCAUUUCUUAUGCUCUAAUUCUCUCUAGCAUUCUCCAUAUUCAUUCCAAGGAGGGCAGAUCCAAAGCCUUCAGUACCUGCAGCUCCCACAUGAUUGUCGUUUCCCUUUUCUUUGGUUCUGGGGCUUUUGUGUAUCUCAAACCUCCUUCUAUUUUGCCCCUUGACCAAGGGAAAGUGUUUUCCCUGCUCUACACCAUUGUGGUACCCAUGUUAAACCCAUUAAUCUAUAGCUUGAGGAAUAAGGAUGUCAAAGCUGCCCUGAAGAAAACCUUGAGCAGAAAAACAUUUUCUUGA